AUGGGAAUGUUGGUGCUUUUCUUUCUGCUUACCACCUUGGCCUUUGGUCAAGUCAACAUCGUCAACUUGAAGCUGCCAGAUGUGAUCGAUGACGAGGUCCACGAUGAGGCCAUGUGCCUCACACUUCUGCAGAGGAGAUCUGAGACGGCCUCAGUGCCGGACACCAGUGGCGCACCGGGAACCAAUGCCAGCACUCUGGGCUUUUGCGAUGUCACGGCCAAUUCGAGCACCUGGGAGUUUUGUCGUACCAUUUCUCGUGCUGAAGAUUGUGUGGCGUCCUGCGUGUGGUCAUCUGGUGACCCAUUUCCAGGAUUCUGUGGCAUCCGUGAUGACCCAAGUUGGGAGCGAGCAUGUAAAAAGUUCAUUCUGCCAUCAGAAUGUGUGCCUUCGUCUUGCCAAUGGUUUCGUUAUCCCCGAGGCCCUGGCCCUGUACAGUGGCUCCCGUGA